AGCUCAGUUGAAGGGUCAGGACAGCUGAAGGAGUGGGCCGUCCCUGGUUCAGCUGGUGUGGGCUAACAGCAGACUGACUGCACCUCUGAAUCCUCUUUCCAGGCUGGAAACCUAAAACUCUGCGAUAAAGAAGACCCACUUUUGUUUGAUUUGAAGCCCCUGAAAGGCUCUUCAAGCUCCCCCUGCCAGGAACGAUGGCUCUACCGCUAGACCCCAUGGACGAACCCAGGAUGUACCAGCAGACGCUGCUCCAGGACGGCCUGUUUGACCUGCUGGAGAACGACAAGCUGGUUGACUGUGUGCUGAAGAUCAAAGACAAGGAGUUCCCCUGCCACCGGCUAGUCCUGUGCGCCUGUAGCUCGUACUUCCGCUCCAUCUUCCUGUCCGACCUGGAGGAGAGCAAAAAGAAAGAGAUUGUGUUGGAGGAUGUGGAGCCGGGCGUCAUGGGGCUGAUCCUCAAGUACCUCUACACCUCUAAAAUCAAUGUGACGGAGCAGAACGUCCAGGACAUCUUCGCGGUGGCUAAUGUGUACCAGAUCCCUUCAAUUUUCACAGUUUGUGUGUCUUUCCUACAAAAGCGCCUGAGCCUCAGCAACUGUCUGGCUAUCUUCAGGCUGGGCCUGAUGCUGGACUGUCCCAGGUUGGCCGUCUCUGCUCGAAACUACGCCUGCGAGCGCUUCCAGCUCAUCUCCAGAGAUGAGGAGUUCCUCCAGCUGCUCCCCAGCGAGUUGGCAGCCAUUUUAGCAAAUGACAAUCUGAAUGUGGAGACAGAGGAGGCAGUGUUUGAGGCUUUGAUGAACUGGGUGUCCCGGGACACCGACAGCAGAGAGAAAGAGCUGCCAGGUUUGCUGGAUUGCGUUCGUUUGCGUCUGGUCAGAGAGGAUUACUUGACGGAAAAAGUGGAGAAACACAAACUGAUCUGCUUUAAUCCUGAGCUGCAGCAGAAAAUCCAGCUGGUUAGGGAUGCUCUCGCCGGGAAAAUGCCGGAGGUUAAAAAAAGCAAAAGUAAGAAGGAGGAUGGUGGAGUGGAGAAAGACGGAGAGAAUGAGGAAGAAGAGGAAGAAGAAGCUCUUCUCCCAGGAAUCCUGAAUGAUAACCUGCGAUUUGGCAUGUUUGUCAGGAACUUGAUCCUGAUGGUGAACGAGGCCGGGGCCGUGGCCUACGAUCCGACAGGCAACGACUGCUUCUUAGCAUCACUUUCCACACAGAUUCCCAAGAACCACACCAGCAUGGUCACCAAGGAGAACCAGAUCUUUGUGGCAGGAGGAUUAUUCUUUGACGAGCAGAACAAAGAAGAUCCGCUGUGCUCAUAUUUCCUACAGUAUGACCCGGUCAGUGCUGACUGGCUGGGGAUGCCCCCCCUCCCGUCUCCCCGCUUCCUGUUUGGGCUGGCCGAGGCGGAGAACUCCAUCUUUGUUAUGGGCGGGAGGGAACUGAAGGAGAAGGAGCACACGCUGGACUCAGUGUUGGUCUAUGACAGACAAUCUUUUAAAUGGGGUGAAUCAGAGCCACUUCUUUACCCGGUCUAUGGACACGCAACAAUAUCCCACAAUGAUGUUGUUUAUGUGAUUGGAGGAAAGGGAGACAACAAGACCUGUCUAAAUAAGCUGUGUGCAUACGAUGCCAGGAGAUUUGAAUGGAAGGAGCUCGCACCCAUGAAGGUUGCACGUUCUUUAGCCGGAGCUACCUUUCAUAAGGACAAAAUCUAUGUGGCAGCAGGAGUCACCGACACUGGGCUGACUGACUCUGUGGAGGUGUACGACAUCGCUACCAACAAGUGGUCAGACUUUGUGGCGUUUCCCAUGGAGCGUAGCUCUCUGAGCCUGGUGUCUUUGGCUGGCGUGCUGUACGCUGUAGGAGGUUUUGCCAUGAUGCCUUUGGAGGACAGCGAGGAGAUGAUUCCCAAAGAGAUGAACGACAUCUGGAGGUUUGAUGAGGCAGAGCAGAAGUGGAAUGGGAUCCUCAGAGAGAUCCAGUACGCUACAGGGGCCACUAUUCUAGGGGUCCGCCUCAACACCCUGCGUCUCACCAAGAUGUAAAAGCUCCUCUGGUCCCUGCUUACUAACAGAAAUCUGUGCACAGCAUUAGUAUAAAGACUUAAAAUCAACUUACUGUGGUGUUCAGAUUGUGCUGAUAGAUUGUACUUCUGGCAUAAUAUCAUGUUCAAUUUUCUGUUUUGAUUGAAAACAUUUUUAUAUACGAGUGUUUCAGUGAUUGCGAUUGUAAAACUGUAAACAAUCUGUAGCCCAUUGACAUUUUUUGCACUGUAAUGGAAUAAAAUUUAAGAAUUUAACACCACCUUGACAAUCAAGGGCAAGAAGUUGUUCAUUUCC